UUUAACACAGGACCCCUUAUUUGAUAGCAGCUUCACAAUUCUUGCAUCCAUUGAACUUGUGAGUUUUUGGAGAGUUUCUGCUUGAAUUUCUUUGCAGGAUGUCAGAAUAGCCUCCCAGAGCUGCUGUUUGGAUGUGAACUGCCUCCCACCCUCAAAGAUCUUGUGCUUGAGGAUGCUCCAAAGGUUCUCAAUAGGGUUGAGGUCAGGGGAGGAUGGGGGCCACACCAUGAGUUUCUCUCCUUUUAUGCCCAUAGCAGCCAAUGAUGCAGAGGUCAUUAUACUUGAGUCCAGCAGUCGCUUUGGAGGUUGGCUGUGGUCUACCAGGAGGUCAGAUGGGGCGAUAUUUGAACAUGGACCCAGAGGGAUCAGACCUGCUGGGGCAGUGGGAUGCAACACACUCAAUAUGGUGGAUGACCUGGGUCUGGGCGGGGAGAUCCUGCCAGUCACCUACAGCCAUGUUGCCUCCAAGAACAGAUAUCUGUAUGUCAACAGACAGCUCCAUAGGAUGCCUUCAGGAAUCAGUGGGCUUUUGCGGACUGUUCCACCCUUCUCUCGUCCCCUCCUUUUGAGUGUUGCCUUGGAGAUACUAGUGAAGAAAGGCAAGGAGGAUGAUGAGUCGGUCCAUUCAUUUGUUUCACGGAGGCUGGGAAAGGAGCUGGCAGACAUAGCUGUGGACAGUUUGUGCCGUGGUGUGUUUGCGGGGGACUGCAGAAAGUUGAGUGUGCGUUCUUGUUUUCCUGUCUUGCACAACGCAGAGAAGAACAGAGGUUCCCUGACUCUAGGCAUGCUGCUGGGCUCAGGUCCCUCUUCUGUGGUCCCCCCUGGCCCUUUGGCACAAAGAUCUAUGAAAGAGUCAUGGGCCCAGUGGUCCCUGAGCAGGGGACUGGAAUCCCUCCCAGAAUCCAUUACAGAGCACCUACAACAGACGGGGAAAGUAGAGCUUCACAGAGACACAGCUGUGGAACACAUCAGUCCUUCAGCCUCUGGUUGGAAGAUCACAGUGGAGGAUGGAGUCAUAUCAGCGGAUCACAUCAUCUCUGCACUGCCUGCUAAAGCCCUCUCCUCAGUCCUGCCCUCCUCCUGUCAACCUCUCAUCCAGCUGCUGCAUGACAUCGCCACAGUAACAGUCGCUGUGGUAAAUCUGGAGUAUGAGGGUUCCAUCCUGCCUGUAACGGGUUUUGGUCACCUGCUUCCAUCAUCAGAGGAUCCAGGUUUACUGGGGGUUGUCUAUGAUUCUGUUCCCUUCCCUCAGCACAACAGAUCUAAUGGACAGACAACUAGACUUACGGUGAUGAUGGGUGGGGCCUGGUUCCAGGAAGUGUUUGGGGCCCCAGAAGCAGUAACAGAUGAGCGUCUUUUAGCAAGAGCCACUGAGGCAGUGCAACACCACCUGGGAGUAACCACAGCACCCAGCUGGAGUCGGGUGAAUUUACACAGGGACUGUAUACCUCAGUAUUAUCAAGGACAUUUUCGGAGAGUAGAGUCCAUGCGUAGCUUCAUAAAGGAGAAUAAUCUCUCACUAUCUCUGAUUGGUUCCUCCUAUGAUGGUGUGGCAGUCAACGAUGUCAUCUAUAGUGGACGAACAGCUGCAGAGGAGUUGUUGGGAACCAGACUUUGAUGGAGCUGCUCAAAAAAAAAAUACACAUCCAAUGAUGUUUCCUGUUGAGAAUGUAUUUUUGUUUUAACCUGUAGC